AUGGUGGAGCAGAAUAUUUCAACACCAAUAAUUCAUAAUUUUGUUUCUCUCUUUAAGAUCCACACGGGUUUACAGCACCAAAUAAUCUGGGCCUGUCAGCCCAGCUGCGUUCCUCUGGAUGAAAAACUCCUGCCCCAGCUCCUAAAAGAAGCAGGCUACACUACCCACAUGGUCGGAAAGUGGCACCUGGGAAUGUACCGGAAAGAAUGCCUUCCAACCCGCCGAGGAUUUGAUACCUACUUUGGAUAUCUCCUAGGUAGUGAAGAUUACUAUUCCCAUGAACGCUGUGUAUUUAUCAACGCUUUGAAUGUCACACGAUGUGCUCUUGAUUUUCGAGAUGGCGAGGAAGUUGCAACAGGAUAUGAAAAUAUGUAUUCAACAAACAUAUUUACCAAAAGGGCUACAGCCCUCAUAACGAACCAUCCACCAGAGAAGCCUCUGUUUCUCUACCUUGCUCUCCAGUCUGUCCACGAGCCCCUUCAGGUCCCCGAGGAGUACCUGAAGCCGUACGACUUUAUCCAAGAUAAGAACAGGCGUCACUAUGCAGGAAUGGUUUCCCUUAUGGAUGAAGCUGUGGGAAAUGUCACCGCAGCCUUAAAAAGCCGUGGGCUCUGGAACAACACGGUGUUCAUCUUCUCCACAGAUAACGGCGGGCAGACUUUGGCCGGGGGCAAUAACUGGCCCCUUCGAGGAAGAAAGUGGAGCCUGUGGGAAGGAGGUGUGCGAGGGGUGGGCUUCGUGGCCAGCCCCUUGCUGAAACAGAAGGGCGUGAAGAACCGGGAGCUCAUCCACAUUUCCGACUGGCUGCCAACUCUGGUGAAGCUGGCCGGGGGCAGCACGAAUGGUACCAAACCUCUGGACGGCUUCGACGUGUGGAAAACCAUCAGUGAAGGAAGCCCGUCCCCCAGAAUUGAGCUGCUACAUAACAUCGACCCAGGCUUUGUGGACAUUUCUCCGUGUCCUGGGAACAGCACGGCUCCAGCACAGGGUGACUCUUCUCUUCCAGAAUAUUCAGCCUUCAACACAUCUGUCCAUGCUGCCAUUAGACACAGAAACUGGAAACUCCUCACGGGCUACCCAGGCUGUGGUCACUGGUUCCCUCCACCAUCCCAAUACAAUGUUUCUGAGAUACCCUCAUCGGACCCACCAAGCAAGACCCUCUGGCUCUUUGAUAUUGAUCGGGACCCAGAAGAAAGACAUGACCUGUCCAGGAAGUAUCCCCAUGUGGUCAAGCAGCUCCUUUCCCGGCUACAGUUCUACCACAAACACUCAGUGCCCGUGUUCUACCCGGAUCAGGACCCCCGCUGUGACCCCAAGGGUACUGGGGCUUGGGGCCCUUGGAUGUAGGAUCUGGGGCAGCCUUGGGUGGGACGCUAGAAAGCCUUUCUGUUGCAAGUUGGACUUCAGAUUCUACUCGUGUGACUCAUUUUUUCUCCCAAUGGCUUCCCCUGGUCCUUCUUUUGCCCCUAAACCACAUUAACGUGGUUGUCUCAUUUCAACCCCUUGUGCAUUUAAGAAGACGAUAAGAUCUGGAACCCUGGCACUGUGGGCUGGGGUGUGUGUGUCUAGAGGAGAGGGUGACUGGGUUCAUCCCCUUUUUCCGGAGCCGUGGGUCAGCUGGGAACUUGAUUUGAAAUAGGAAGUUAGUGAGUCCUGGAGGCCGGAGCAGCUGGCUCCUUUUGCCUCACAAGUCAGAUGCUAGGUUUCCCUCUGCCAAUAGCCAGCUUUUAUUGGCGUGACUCACAUUUCUUGUAACAAAUGAAGGGAGCAGACAAUUGUUAAUGGCUCUGUUGGCCAGGGGGUCUCCCUGUCUGGGAGAGAUCAUGUUCAGACGUUCCAUGUGAAUACGCGCCUUGGUCACCCUCGCUCACACACCUCAUCACUCAGCCCGUCCUGGAGCAUAAGGCCCAUUUCACUGGUAAGGUCAGUAUGGCAACAUGCCUACUCCUUGGUUCUGUUUUUUACAAUAAAGAACUGUGUUUUUAGCCCCAACUUUCCCCCAGCCAUUGCUCAUUUUGUCUAGACUUCCUGCUACCCACAGAUCCCCUGGUUCUUUCCUCCCCUUCCCUGUGACUCAGGCGUCCUGCGCCCGCAAAGUCUGCCUUGCUUCUCCACUCUGAGCACCACUGGUUUGGGGAACAGUGAGCUCUGCCUUCCUUUCCCUCCUAACACCCAAGGGAGAGCCCUGCCAGGAAGGCGUGGCCUGGCUCUGUGAGUUCAUGGUAGACGCGAAGAGGCCUGGGUGGGCAAGGCUUGGGUCUGGGUCAUCUGUCUGGUGAGCACUUUUCUAGUUACAGGGAGUUUAUUAUCAUGACGAUGGCUUUGUCUCAUAAUGUAGGAUGAGUUACACUGACUGCUAUUCCCCGGCAGUGAAGAAAAGCCCCAGGAAAGGGCACUAUUGUUCGAGAUGAUGGAAGUGGGCAAUUUAAAAAAGGAAAUGGCCAGCAUCUGGGAUUCUGGGCCUUGAGAAAGCCAGGAGGGCACAUCCACAUUUCUCUUACUCUCCCAGUCUCACUGCUUUUAUUGAGGUUCUGGGGUGAGGGGCAGGAUGCACCGUGUGACCUGGCAGCCCUUUCUCAGUCCCACUAAUGUCCUACUGACAUGCAUUGGUCCAGAUUAGCUCCAAAGAGUAUCAGACUCAAGAGAAAUGUGUGCAAAAAUUAUACGCUUUUUUGCAUUAGCUCCACUGUUUCAUUUGCUGCUUAUCACCAGUGCCUGGUACAUAGAAGGCACUCAAUACACUUUU